AUGUCACUUGUCACAUUUCGUAACUGGCGCACGCAGCACUAUCCCCCCAAGCCAUCUUUCACGGAGGAACACGUCAGGCCGCAGAAUGGUCGUGUCUUUAUCGUUACGGGUGGCAACACCGGCGUCGGCUUCGAGCUAGUCAAGCUCCUCUACACUACAGGCGCCACCAUUUACAUGGCAUCGCGCUCCAAGGUGAGUGCUUGGCGAUGCCGAGACAUACCCCACUCCCGCCGGAAACUUGCCGUCGAACGAGCCGAGAAGGCAAUCGAAACGAUCACCAACGCUGGCCCGACCCUCAAGAACCCAGGAGCUGUCAAGUUCCUCCAUCUAGACCUCAACGAUCUUGAUGUCGUCAAGUCGGCUGCCGCAUCCUUUGCGCAACAAGAGUCCAAGCUCGAUGUGCUCUGGAACAACGCCGGCAUGGGCGCUUUGAUCCUGCCGGCGGGUUCAAGAACAGAGCAAGGCUUCGAGUCUAUGAUUGGCAUGCACUGCAUCGCCGCCCAGCUCUUCACCCACCUCCUGCUUCCACAGCUUCGCGCCGCCGUCGCGGAGGCUCCCAAGGGCUCGGUCCGCGUCGUGUGGACCUCGAGCUUCCUUGCCGACUCGCGUUCCCCCACCCACGGCGUCGACUUUGGCCUACUCGACGAGGGCACGGUGGAUCGUAUACGCAACUAUGCCCAGUCCAAGGCCGGAAAUUGGCUGCUUGGUCGGGAGAUGGCAGCUCGCCAUGGCGCCGAAGGCAUCGUCAGCGUUACCCAAAACCCGGGCAACGUGAGAGCGGGCUCGUAUGCCGGGGUCCCGGCUCUCGCCAUGCAAAUCCUCAACUUUCUCUUCCUGUACGAGACAAGGCACGGUGGUUACACCGAGUUGUUCGCUGGGCUCUCGCCCGAGAUAUCGCUCGAGAACAACGGCGCUUAUGUCAUCCCCUGGGGGCGCAUUCGCACUGACGGAGACUGUCCGAGGAAAGAUCUUCUGGAUGCCAUGAAGCUGGAAACGGAGGGUGGAACAGGAUACGCUGCCAAGUUCUGGGAUUGGUGUGAAGAGCAGUGGAAGCCUUUCGUCUAG